CUCUCUCUCUCUCUCUCUCUCUCCAUUUUCGGAUAAAUAAACGCCAAUCUCCAGCUGUGUUCAUCCACUUCUCUUCCUUCUCUCCGAGCUCGAAACAACAGGAGGAGUAGAGCAAUAUAGAAAGUAGGAAAGGAUGAAGCCAGGGUAUGCAAAUGCCUUCCUCUUCUCUCUCCUGUCCGUCACCUUCACCUUCUUCCUCCCCGUCGCCUUCUCUAGGUUAAAAUUGAACCCCGCUCCCACCGCGACCCUCGACGUCGCCGGCUCGCUCCAGAACACCCAGCGAGUCCUCUCCUUCGAUCCUCUGUCCCGGACGCCCUUCUCCGACCAAGAGCAGGAACAGACGCCGUCGAGCUCAUUCUCCGUCCGGCUCCACCCGAGAGAGUCCCUCCUGAGGACCCCGUACGCGGAAUACGAGGCCCUCGUCCUCGCCCGGCUCGCCCGCGACUCGGCCCGCGUCGACGCGCUCGCCGCCAGGCUCGCCCUCGCCCUCAACAACGUCACCCGGACCGACCUGACCCCGCUCCUGACGGAGGUCCAGCCGGAGGAUCUGUCGACCCCGGUGGUCUCCGGCACGAGCCAGGGCAGCGGCGAGUACUUCUCGCGCAUCGGCGUCGGCACCCCGGCGAAGCAGUUCUACAUGGUGCUCGACACUGGGAGCGAUGUCAACUGGCUUCAGUGCCAGCCGUGUACCGACUGUUACCAGCAGGCCGACCCGGUGUUCAACCCUUCGUCGUCGUCCUCGUUCGGGGCUCUCACCUGCGAGUCGCCGCAAUGCGGGUCGCUCGAAGUCUCCGCUUGCCGCACUGGCAAGUGCCUCUAUCAGGUUUCGUACGGCGACGGGUCGUUCACCGUCGGCGAUUUCGUGACGGAGACGGUGUCGUUCGGUGGCUCCGGGGCUGUGAACAACGUCGCUCUGGGAUGCGGACACGACAACGAGGGGCUCUUCAUGGGCUCGGCGGGCCUGCUUGGGCUGGGCGGCGGCACCUUGUCCCUGACGAACCAGAUAAAGGCUAGCUCCUUCUCGUACUGCCUGGUGGACCGCGACUCGUCCGAGUCGUCGACCCUGGAGUUCAACUCGGCCGCACCCGGCGCCGAGUCGGUGUUCGCCCCGCUGGUGAAGAACGGCAAGGUGGACACGUUCUACUACGUGGGGCUGACGGGGAUGAGCGUGGGAGGGGCGAUGCUGUCGAUCCCGCCGUCGCUGUUCCAGAUGGACGAUUCCGGCAACGGCGGGAUCAUCGUCGACUCGGGGACGGCCAUAACUCGGUUGCAGACCCAGGCUUACAACUCGCUCCGCGACGCCUUCGUCAAGCUCACCCCGCACUUGAAGUCCACCAGCGGAGUGGCCCUCUUCGACACGUGCUACGACUUCAGCUCGCUCUCCAGCGUGCGGGUCCCGACGGUGUCGUUCCACUUCACCGGCGGCCGGUCGUGGUCCCUUCCGGCGAAGAACUACCUGAUACCGGUGGACUCGGCGGGCACCUUCUGCUUCGCCUUCGCCCCGACGACAUCGUCGCUGUCCAUCAUCGGGAACGUGCAGCAGCAGGGGACGCGCGUCGCCUUCGAUCUGGCCAACUCGCGCGUGGGGUUCACGCCCAACAAGUGUUAGGGAACCACUAGAUUUUGGGGAACCAUAGGCCUG